AUGGAUUUGAGUAGAAAGACCGAUGCCUUUAAAGUGGACCUCUGCAGAAAAUAUUUCUUGGCUGGAUUCGCUUUGCUACCUUUCUUGUGGUUGAUCAAUGUGAUUUGGUUCUUCAAGGAUGCUUUCCUACGGGAUCUUUCCGUUAACGACGAUAGAAGAAGAAUUCGUCGCUAUGUUAUCCAGAGCUUCAUCGGAUGUGUGAUCUUUACUGCGGGAUUACUGGCUUGGAUUGUCAUCUUUCAGACGAAGCGUAUUGAAUGGGGAGCCACGGCCGACUACAUUUCUUUCAUUGUACCUAUUGGAUCACCCUAA